AUGUGGGCGACCGCCUUAAUAUUUCUGGGCAGUGUGCAUGGAUAUUACGGCGAAUCGAGUAUUAGAGCAAAAGCCUUCUUUAGAAAGAAUGUUUUCGAGGGCGAAGAUCUCAAGAUUUCGAUCCAUAAACUCGGCUGGGACUCAUCCAAAACAUCGAAUUUGACUGUCUCGAUCGCAUUUUGCCGAGGCUGGCCAACGCCACCGCCACUUAUGGAAGAAAAAAUCACAUUUCUACAGAACAGUGAAACCAUGCUCAUCGAGAAAACGUUCAAUAUUUAUCAAGGCAUUCUUGCCGCAAGAGACGAUGAUUACUCUGACCCAUGUGUUAAAUUGGUGUUGGAAUCUGAAGACGAGGAAGAAGACGACGACGCUUUGAGUUACUACGGGAGAAACGACGGAACUCUUUCGUCGGAAGAAACCUUCGAAAUCAAAAAAAGGAGUCGCAUUUUAGUACAGUCUGAUAAGGCCAAAUACAAGCCAGGGAACACCGUUCAGUUUCGUGUAAUCGCAGUCGAUGAAGAACUUCGAGCGCUUGAUGCCAAAAUUACUUACGACAUAAUUUCACCUUCCAAUAACAAAAUGGCUUCCGUAACAAAACAGAACAACAAGAAAGUGGUUCAAGGAUCAUUCCAGCUCGACAAAUUCGCUGAACAGGGAACUUGGGAAGUCAAGAUACAGUCGACAGCUAUCGAUUAUGGCGAAGACCACGAGGAGACUUAUACAUUUGAGGUUGAAGAAUAUGUCCUCCCCAAAUUCGAAGUCAACAUCGUGAGCGAGGGUUAUGUCAUUGAAGGCGAAGACUUUCCCUUUGUUGUCGAAGCAGAGUACACAUUUGGACAGCCGGUGCCAGGCGAUGCCAAAAUUGAAGUGACUGAAGUCGCAUGCAACACCUGGUACUACCGCGACCCCUGUGAUGACUUCGAGAACUGUUCCGAAAAGCGGCUCGACAAGUCCGUCACAAAUUCAGACGGCAGUAUUGGCGAGACUCUGAAAUAUGAUGACUGGAAGGGACUCUUUGGCGAGUCUAACUACUACUGCGACAAACAGUUCAAGAUUCAGGUUUCCUGGGAAGACACCGCGUCGGGAGAAACAAUCGACUUCUCCAAGAUUAUCAAAGUCGAAACUGAGCGUUACCAAAUCGAUAUGCUCUAUGAGCCGCAAGUUUAUAAGAAGAAGACCGGCCUCAACUACAUCGGACAAGUGAAAAUGAUCGAUGGCAGCACCUUGGAUAAAGAAGGAGAAGUGCAAAUAACAGUCACAUCUCAAAAAUAUAACUAUGACAAGCGCGAAUAUGAGACAACUACGACUAACGAUGCGAUCCAACUCAGAUUCGAAGAUGGAGGUAUUUUUCAGUAUAAAAUUCCGGAAGAACAAUUUGAAAUGCUUCUGGAUCCAGAAACUAGAAGAGGUUGGAGUGUGAGUUUCGACAUGUCCUUUGAGGGCGUCAAGAAAUCGCAGAGCGUUUCAAUUCCUGAAUCAAACUAUGAGCUUGAACUUGAAUCUGAUGCCGACGGAAAACUAACUCCCGGAACAUCCAUUGACUUACGAAUAAGAGCCGAUGUCGACGGUCCUGUUCUUCUUUUUGUGACAAGCAACGGAAAAGUUCUUGCCGAAUAUAAAGUCGAAGCGAUUCAAAAUGUGGAAGUUGUCCAAUCGGUCGACAUUACUGCUUCCAUGAUUCCCGAAGUGAAAUUCCUUGUUGUUAGCGGAGCGGCACGUGAUAACACGGACUGGGCUGCUGACAGCAUCAGCUACUUUGUAGAGACAAAUUUUGACAAUGAAGUAGAACUCGCGGCGCCGGAAAAAGGAGAGCUCGGUGAAAACAUCGAGAUUGGUAUUACUGCAGCUGAAAAUUCGCCAGUUUAUCUUCUUGGUGUUGAUAAGAGCGUUCUCUUACUCAAGAGUGGAAACGAUAUUGGAGAAAAACGAGUUUUGGAAGCUAAACAAGGAGGCCCCGACGAAGAGCAUGGCUGGCGACCUUGGCCAAUUUGGGGUGGUUGUGGAAUCUGGUUUCCUUGGGGUUAUGGCUCAAGCGCAGAGCAAAAGAUUGAAGACGCCGGCAUGGCCACAAUGAAACUCGGAGAAAACCAAUACAUGUUCGAGGUCAUGUACAUGGAGGAACUUAGUGCUAGUAGUGCAGCUUCAUACGAUAUGGCAUUUGGGAAUGUAGAAGCGGUCGCUGAUGUUUCCGAUGCUAAGGAACAACUCACUAAAUUAACCUUGCUAACACGUUUUAUUGCACGAGUUUUUGAUUUGCGUAUCCACGAAAUAGGAGAAAACCGAUACAUUGUCGAGGUCAUGUAUGAGAGACCAGUUAGUGAAAGCUUUGCUGCAGCAUCAGACGACACAGCUUUUGAGAAUGUAGAAACUGAUAAGAUGCCUGCGCCCGGUGGAUCAAGCGCUCCGGAACCAGAAACGAGAAAGAAAUUCCCAGAAACCUGGAUUUGGUCUUCCGUUGAAACAGACGAAAGUGGAAAAGCUUCAGUUAUGAUGAAUGUCGAAGUUCCGGACACGAUCACUUCAUGGAUAGUGACUGGAUUUUCAUUGUCUGGCGAAAAGGGCCUCGGGUAUCAAAAGGAGCCUUCGAAAAUUGUUGCCUUCAGAGAUUUUUUCGUCAAACUUGAACUGCCCUAUUCAAUCAAGCAAAACGAAAUGUUCCUUGUCAAGGCCGUUGUCUUCAAUUACCUUGGACAGGAAGUGGAAGCCGAUGUCACUCUUGACCUUGCCCCCGGAAUGGAUCUGCUUGCUGAUGAACUAACUAAACGAGUUUCUAUCAAGGCACAAAACAGAUCUCCAGUCGGCUGGCCGAUCAUCGUAGAUUCUAGCGGUGUCGUCCCAAUCAAAGUCAAAGCAGUGGUCGUUGGAAACCUCGCGGGUGAUGCUCUAGAAAGACCUCUGAUUGUCAAGCCAGAGGGAAUUCCUCGAACAAAAGCCUUCAAUCUUCUCCUCAAAGACGACGAUGCUGAUGAUAUUGAAGUUGAUUUUCCACCAAACGUUGUCGCUGACUCCGAGCGAGUGGAAAUGCGUAUCUUUGGAGACAUUCUUUCCAACACCUUGCAAAACAUUGACGGUCUGUUGAAGAUGCCAUACGGUUGUGGAGAACAGAACAUGAUUAACUUCGCCCCUGCGGUAUUUAUCUACGAUUAUUUGGAGAAAAAGAUGGAACUUACUGAAGAGAUAGAAGAGAAGGCUUCGCGCAUCAUUCAAUCUGGCUACCAACGCGAGAUGACCUACGAACACAGCGACGGUGGUUUUUCAGCUUUUGGCGAGAACUCAUACUCAAAAUCAAAGGCAGCCACGCUUUUGACCGCCUUCGUUGUCAAAUGCUUUAGAGCGGCUGAGAAGUUAUCUAAAAAAUUCAUCCCAGAUGGAGUAGUCGAAAAGCAGUUAGAUUUCUUGGUCACAAGAUUCAACACGGAAACAGGUCAAUUUGAGGAAGACGGUAAAGUCUUCUCUAGCUACAUCAAGGGUGCUCUGGAUGCUGAUGGAGACAGCGCAAUCACAGCAUAUACCCUCAUUCCCUUUAUUGAAGGCGGAAUUCUUCCUAAAUACAGUGAUUUGGUAGACAAGGCACUUGACACUCUGGAAGCCGCCAUUCCAACGAGUACAAAUCAUCACACUCUUUCGUUGAUUGCUUAUAACUUAUUCCUUGCUGGAAGAGAAAGCGCCAGUGCAGCGAUGGCUAAGUUGGAGACUUUUGCUAAGAACGAACCAGGCAGUACUUAUUGGACAACUGAAUCACGCUACUCCGGAGAAGAGCCAUCCGUUGAAAUUUCAAGUUAUGCAUUGAUGAGUUAUGCAAGCGGCGAUGAAGACUUUUUACCGGUUUUCCGGGGAAUCAUGUCUCAACUCUCAGAAACCGGUGGUUUUAAAUCCACUCAAGAUACCGUUAUUGGUCUCCAGGCUAUCAGUGACCGCGCAAGCUUCUUCGUCAGUCCAGAAGACAAUCUAUCGAUCGGAGCAAUGCUCGACUCUGAGACUGAUCUGUUCAGCUGGGUACCUGACGCACUCACUCCUGCAAAUUCACAAGUGGUGCAGAUCAAAAACGUUGAGCUCAGCGGGGAAGGACUUUUUGGAAUCACGUCUUCUGGCAAAGGAACUGCCAUGAUUCAAGUUAUCAUUCAUUACAACACCAAAGACACGUCAAACGAUCCCUUCGACGUCGACUUCUUUUUCACAGAAAUACCGGAUAAGCGAAAACGAAAGCGACGAAGUGCAGAUAUACCAGAUUCCGACUUCUGCAUCCAAGUUACAACAAAAGCGACAGAUAACGAACAAUACCGCGUCCCCGACGGAAUGAGUUUGGUCACAAUAGAGCAUCCAUCUGGCUUCGCGCAUUUGUCGGUAGAAGCAACUGACGGCUCGGAUGAGCCAGAAAAAGUGGAAAUUAAUGCCGAUCGAACUGUUCUCUACUACAACGAUCUUGCGAAUGCUGUCGGCGCUUCCGUUUGCCUCACAAAGAUUCAGCCUGUCGAAAACCCCAAACCAGUGUACAUUUCAGUCCAAGACUACUACAACCCUGACGCCGAAACAACAACUGAAGUUGUCCUGCGUGACCUUCAAAAAGAAACUCCCCUAUGCGACCUCUGUGGCGACUUCUGCGCCCUUGACUUUUGCGUUUCUGAACCUGCACCUGGUGGAUCUCAGAGCUUUGUUCAACCUCCUUUGCCGCCCCUCCCUUCUGAAAUCGACAGUGGAUGGAUCAAGCCACCAAGUUUUAUCCAGCUUCCGGAAGAUCUGACGAUCAUCCGUGAUGCGAACAAUUGGAACACUGACAAGUUUGCUGAUUAUGUUGUUAAGCUACGCAAGCGCAUUCUCAAGCGUUCUCCCCAUAGUUAUUCAAGAAGUGUCAUUAGAGAGUUGGAGGAACAUCUCAACAUGUUCAAAAUCAUCCUCGACAAGAUGCUCAAUUAG